CAGAAAUGUCGACAAUUCCUCAGUGGGAAGUUGGUGGUUUGUGCACAAGGGGGAAACGACUUGGAGCCAGGGAAAACUAAAAGGAGGACGAGUUAAGAGUGGCGCUGUUUCAUAAGUAAAAAAUCCAAAGGUCAUCGCGUAUUCAAAAUGGAUACUACUGGAAACUUGCCUGUCAGCCAUCAAGGGAGUUCCUACCCUGUGGACCUGCCCUGUCAGGAUUACCAUGAACUGUAUCCUGACUCUGAUAAAGGCCUGGCGAGCCUCCACUCAGACACAAAGACCUUCAGCCAUCCCAGUGGAGCAAAGGUACAUGUAGCUCAGGAUAACAUAGGCCGGCUAAUGCUGUUUGGUGAGGGUGGUCCACCCCAUUCCCUUCUGGCCCUUCAUACACCAGCAGAUGAAACCCAAGUGGUUGCGUUGUACUUGCAUGGCAAAUGGUGGCCCAUCUGUGAGGUUUUGAAGACAUCCAGCAAAUCCAGAAAUGGACUUUUGUUUGUGGAGUCAGUGAUGGAGAGAGUUAUACUCUUCCUGCUCAGUCAGAUCAUAUUUGGGGUUUUGGAGAGGCCUCUAGGGGAAAACAUGUACUUCUCCACUCAUUCUGCGUGGGAAUGUGGAAAAAUCCUCUGGCAAGAUGGAGAAGCUGUUGGCUUUUACACCAUUAAAAAGAAAGGUAGCCUGUGCGAUGGCUGCACUGGUCAAAGUUACCUUCUUCCCGUGCUGGACACUGUGUUUGUGCGCACUCACUGGAGAAGGAAUGGGCUGGCCUUACAGAUGCUCCAGGAUUUCUGCGUGUCCAUGUCCAAGGAGUGUGUGCUGGGAAUCAGCUGCCCCAUAUCUACAAGCAUGUAUGGAGAUGAAACAUUUACUUGCCACUCAUCAUUUUGCCAUGGUGAUGGUUCAGAACUCCAGAAAAGUUGGAACAUAUGCAAGAAGUACCUAGAGACCCACCAGGAACAAAGGGAGCGCCUCUAUGAAGUGGAGGCUCCUGGGGAAUGGAGUCAGAGACGCAACGUGUGGUUAAGCAUACAGCUCCAGCACCGCCCAGCACACAGUGCGAGCUCAGAUGAAAGUCCACACAGCACACAAGCUAUGGCAAGAAAGCUCAUAGACAAUAAGGGAAAGGUCCUGGAGGGCAUACCACAAGUUCAUGCAUCUGCAGUCAAAGUCACUGAGGCAAACAAGCUUCGAAAGGGCUGUAUAGGAACACAACUAACCAACCAGACUGGGACAACACCCACAUGUAAAAAAGCCAAGACAUCUUUUUAAAUUCCGUGCUUUAAAUUAGUCUGGAUGUGGAAAGUCUGUGCUCAGCUUUUCAGUUCUGUGCUACAGAAAAUGUUGAAUAUUGAUCUGCUAAACUUUCUUCUUAUUCCCAUACUUUUGGAAACAACACAUCACAAAUACAACAUUUUUGUGAAUUCACUCAGGGUAGUAUUAAAGGGAAGUUCUAGCCAAAUUGAAAAAUCAAACUGUUCUGCAUCUGCUGUAAACAUAAUAAACAUGACUGCUCACAUACUACAGUGGUGCCGCUCAAGUUUAAAGUCCGGUUUAAAGACUAGGAAACCCAGGGAAGGCAGAAAGCCUUCUUAUCUUAACUGUGGUGACCAUCUUUAAAUCAUCUUUACAGUGGAGAGAGUGGAUUACUCAAACAACGGAAAUGACUAACCUAACGUUAUAAAAGUAGCUACCUGGCUGUCUUUGAUACCUUACCUGAGUUUGGCUUGUUUCUCUGGCGGAAAGGGUAAAAAAGUAGCAUCCAUCUUGUGCUGAAUAGUGGUAGUAUUACUCUUUUCUUUGAGAUUUUGCUUGGUGACCAAGGUAAUGCCGGCUUGAUUGGAUUAGCCUGUAGAUCAGUGGUCCGGCUCACAGUCCAGGUUGGUCGACACCACAGGGAUUCCCAAUGUUUGUAUGAUGUUUUUGCAUAGUGCAGUGAGAGAACAUCAGUGAAAGAAAUCAUGAGGCUAAGAAUACAAUUCAGUGGUAUUCAGUGAUAUCAGUACACAGAUAUGGUGUUUAAAUUGUAAACAUGAAUGGCAUCUAUAAACAACACAGUUUACAGCAUGGUAUGUCUGUAGGUCUGUGUGUUUUAUUAUGAGCUUUGAGCAACUCUUUUACAUCUUUGAUGUGUCACAUCUUGUAGCUUUGCUUGUAACUUCUUGUAACUAAACCCGUGUGUCAUUAGCGUCACAAAUCCUCUUGGGAAACACCCUUAAGCAAAGCUAGUGUUGCACACUCAAAACAAUAAAAUCAUUGCUGUUGGUUUUAAUCACUGUUUUUUUACUACUUAACAGUGUUGCUAUUACUUAACAAAUGCAUGCAAGUCAGUGAAAGGAGUUGUCUUGUUUUAAUGAAAUCAAGUGAGUUGUCAGAUUUACUUCAUGUGUCUUUGGUCAAUGUAAUCUUGUUGAGUAAAGCUCACUGUUCCCCUUUG